ACGAGCCUAAUUAACCUCGUGCUCCCGUCCCCCCCCUCCUUCUUGUAACUUGUCAGCCAAAACCCACACCGAUCAGCGCAUUUGCCUUUCUUUAGGUGGGAUUUCCAAGUCUCCAACAAAUGCGAUUCCCACACCGCAAUGGCAGUCUCUUGCGCAUAGUGUAGAUGUCAUGUCGUCGUUCCACCACUCAGCCUUCUCACAGUAAAUCGAUCAAUGCCAAGAAGCGUUGCCAAGACGGGUAUCUCGGAGAGUUGGCAGUUUCCAACCCUUGGCUCCCAAGACUUUUUUUAUUUAUUUUUUUCAUGGAGGAGAGCCUUCAGUGCUGCAGAGCGUUGAUCUUCUUGGCUCUGCUGUGUUUCCCCCUGUGUUGUUCAAAUCUCGGCGCUCAGGAACAAGUGGCGAAGCCAAGAAAGACGUGCUUCUUUCCCGCUCCCGUGCGCCGCGCGGGCGAAAGGUUCUUCUGGGCACAGAAGACUUGGCGGGCGGUACGAGCCUGAGUGAAAAUUCCUUGGUUGAGGAAAAUGGGCUGGGCGCAUUUCAAUGCAACCUCCGCCCAUGAGCCCUCGAGCCUUGAGGAGGUUCCGCGGAAUCCAGGAUUGUAGUGUGGAGUUCGCCUCUUCUCUUUUUUUUUUGGGCCUGUUAAUAUCCUCAGA